AUGCCCAAAUCCAAGCGCGACAAGAAAGUUUCUUUAACUAAAACUGCCAAGAAAGGCUUGGAACUGAAACAGAACCUGAUAGAAGAGCUGCGGAAAUGUGUGGACACGUACAAGUACCUUUUCGUCUUCUCUGUGGCCAACAUGAGGAACAGCAAGCUGAAGGACAUCCGGAAUGCCUGGAAGCACAGCCGGAUGUUCUUUGGCAAAAACAAGGUGAUGAUGGUGGCUUUGGGUCGAAGCCCAUCCGAUGAGUAUAAAGACAACCUGCACCAGGUCAGCAAGAAAUUGAGGGGUGAAGUUGGUCUCCUUUUCACCAACCGCACUAAGGAAGAAGUGAAUGAGUGGUUCACAAAAUACACAGAAAUGGACUUCGCCCGAGCUGGUAACAAAGCCACUUUCACAGUGAGCCUGGAUCCUGGGCCGCUGGAGCAGUUCCCCCACUCCAUGGAGCCACAGCUGAGGCAGCUGGGCCUGCCCACCGCCCUCAAGAGAGGUGUGGUGACUCUGCUGUCCGACCACGAGGUGUGCAAGGAGGGGGAUGUGCUGACCCCAGAGCAGGCCCGCGUCCUGAAGCUUCUUGGGUAUGAAAUGGCUGAAUUCAAGGUGACCAUCAAAUACAUGUGGGAUGCACACUCCGGAAGAUUUGAACAGAUGGGAGAGGACUUGCCAGAGAGUGCAUCUGAGUCGGCAGAAGAAUCAGAGGAGGAAGAUGAUGACUGACUGGAAGGCUUGGAACCACGGGCCUCCCCGAAAGUCCAGACUCUCAUCCGCAUUGCACCACGCAGGACUGGUGCCGCCUCCAGAGGGAGCCGCUGUCACCUUUGCUGUGGGUGAAGACAAGGGGGACAAUAAGGACUGACUGUUUCUCUGAAAAAUAAAAACUGCACCUGCAGGGUUUCUCCCUGUAGCAACAAAAGGGGCUUUUCCUUUUACCAAAAAAAAAAAGGGGGCCUUUGGAUUUGUGCCUGUGUCUGGAUUCUCAGGAUGCCCUUUGUGCAGCUCAAGACCCAGCAUCUACUCCCAGCUGCUGGGUGAGUGCCACGGCCAGAGCAACUUGGGAGCUUUGGGGCUGGUGGAAAGCAACUACCAGAGCUGGAGUUUCUCCCCUUAUCCAACUCAGGGGCGGGGGGGGCCCUCAGCUGCCCUUGUCCUCCUUCUGGAUAGCCAGGGCAAGACAGGAGGCUUUAGCUGAGUUGGAAGUGAAGCCAGUGCUGAAGUUCAGAGCCAGGGACAUUUCAAAGAUGUUCUUUCUGCCCACAGGCCCCUCAGAGGUUUUACUCUUCUUGGUGGUGCCUCUAGUGGUAGGUUUUUGCCCAAAUUAUUCCAGUUUUAAAUAUCCAGUAAGGGUAUUUCUGAAUGAGGGAAGACCUACUUCACAUAUAUGGCUCCUUUUUAUUUUCUGUCAUGCAUAGAAGAGUGAGUGCCACCUUAGCCCUCACUGUUGAAAGAUCAGGCUGCAUUCAGGACAGAUGGCUGGGAAGACCCUCACAAGGCAGUGUGCCCCCAACAUCUCCCAUUGCUUCUGCCCUUUGGAGACUUCAGUCCACACUUCUGCCCCCUUUUCCCAAGCCCUUAGAAAGGACAGGAACAGGCAGCACAGGAAACACAUUCACCAGGUUCUCUCCAGGCCUGGGCUGCAGCCAGGCAUGGAGCCUGCUUUAUUCAGACAACAAAUGCCCAAGGAGAGCUUAGCUGCAGGCUUUCCACAUCAUAAAGGCAACAGGGAGUACUGCAAAAAUAUAGAAAGAUAACUUGCCCACUGGAUGAUGAGGAAAGAACUCGCUAGAGCAGCUUUAGGCAAAAAUUGCCCAGGGUGAGAAUAAAGAGGUGAUGGAGGGUGCCCUCUGCCACCUAAGUCAGGUCUAGGCCUUGUGGGAAUAUCUGACAUUCAUGGGCAGCCAAAUGCCAGGCUUGAUCAAAGGAAGGCCCCAUGACAGCAAGCUCCAGGGGCUCUUCCUCAGUUUCCCCAAAGUUCUAGUCCAGCUGCUCCAAGUUGAACAUGCCCGGUGAACCAUAUUGCCAUGGACCACAUGCCCUAUAAGAAGGGACAGCCAGACUUCAACACUUUUGUGUGCCUGCAGCUCCUGGUUCUUUAUGCCUUCUAUUCCAAAAAGAAUUCAAAUUGCUGCUACUACAGUUUCAGCAGACCCAACUGGAGAGCCACUCAUUCCUGCCACUCAGCAGCUAGAUAAAAUUGAGUUAGUUACUUGACUGACCCCUCUAAGCCUCAAACUUCCCCUCCUUUGCAGGCAGUUUGGGGAAUUACAAAUUUUUUAACAUACAUACUUUGCACCUGGCCUACCACGUAGCAGGUGAUCAGUAAAGGGCAAUCAUUUUCUAAUGCCCAAGCUGGAGGAAAGUGUUAGGGGAAGAGGACAGCAGGAAUAAAGGGAAACUAAACUGUACAUGGGAGAUGGACUGCAGAAUGGGCAGCAAGAGGAAGACUGAAUGCUAAAGGAAAAUAAAAUAUACC